AUGAAACUCCAAGGAAUCACCCUCUUCGCCUUGUUCCUUGCCAAAGCCUCAGCAGCAGGGAGCGGCCUUUUUGCCGCAAACGGAUUCGAGGUCGAGGUCUUCGUCUCCAACGGGGAAACCUUCAUCGGAGAGCCACUAACCCUCAGCAGCAAAGUUUGGUGGAGGAAAACGCUCUUGAGGGUCGAGCAACCAGCGCUUGUACCAGAUGUGUUGGUCACCAUGGAAGCUGUGUUGUAG